AUGGGACCUAAAGGGGCUAAGGGUGAGCAGGGUAACCAAGGCCUGCAGAGAAACUGGAAACAGUGUGCGUGGAAGAACAUCGAUGACGAUAAAGACAGUGGAUUGAUAAAGGUAAAAGGCAGCUGAAAAGGGCUGAAAACAACACUAAGCAGGAAAAAAUGUCGUUUAUUGAAAUUACUGUCAUAGCGUCUAAAGAGUCAGACUGAAAGAUUUAAAACUUUCUGAACUACUCUUUGACUCUUAUCGAUAGACUUUUUCUUUUUUUUUUGAUUUUGAUAAAUUUCAACGUCUUUAUUUCCAUUUUUAUAGGACUGCGUUUUUAAUAAAGACUCCGAUAGCACCGCCUUAAAAGUGGAGUACAAUGGCGACAUCAGAAUCGGUUUCUGUCUCGACUGCUGUUCGCGAUGGUUUUUCACCUUCAAUGGUGUGGAAUGUCGCAAACCUCUCGCCAUUGAUGGCCUGAUGCAUAUCGCCCGAAAUCACGGAAGAACAGACACGAACAUUCACAGAGUUGCUCAGAUUGGAGGAUAA